CCAUUGCUCAAAAACACACCACUGGCUUGUAGAACGCCAUGAAAUAGACCUUCGAUCUAACACCUUUCCUUUUCAUUUCCCCUUUCCUUAAAAACAAGCUCAAUCAAUUACCCCAUUAACCCUAAACGAAAAUCAGCUGAAAAAAAAACCAUUUAUUUUUCUUCAGCUCUAAGCGACAACAACAAUGGCUGACUUCAAGAAAGCCACUGCUUUGAUUCUCACAGUGGCUUUGCUUGUGAAUCUCGCUUUAAUGGUUGAUGCUGAUGGUGAUGAUGAUAAGAAGAUUCGAGUCAGGAAACAUAAGGGUGAGAAGGAGUGUAUACAAGGGUGGGAAUGUUCCUACUGGUCGAAAUAUUGUUGCAACCAAACGAUUUCAGAUGUCUUCCAGGUUUAUCAAUUUGAGGACCUGUUUGCUAAAAGGAAUUCGCCGGUGGCUCAUGCUGUUGGAUUUUGGGAUUACCAUUCUUUUAUUUUGGCUGCUUCCAUUUAUGAGCCUUUGGGUUUUGGGACUACUGGUGGUAAGCAUAUGCAAAUGAAGGAAGUCGCGGCUUUUCUUGCUCAUGUCGGCGCCAAGACAUCUUGUGGCGAUGGUGUCAUAGACGGAGGACCGUUGGCUUGGGGUCUUUGCUUCAAGAGAGAAAUGAGUCCUAGCCAGGAUUACUGUGAUGAUUACUACAAAUACAUGUAUCCAUGUGCCCCUGGAGCUCAAUACUACGGCCGUGGUGCUUUGCCAAUUUACUGGAACUACAACUAUGGAGCUGCUGGCGAUGGUAUAAAAGUUGAUUUGUUGCACCACCCUGAGUAUCUCGAGCAGAACGCAACUAUUGCCUUCCAGGCUGCCAUCUGGAGGUGGAUGACCCCAAUCAAGAAGAACCAACCUUCAGCACACGACAUUUUCGUGGGUAACUGGAAACCAACCAAGAAUGACACAGAGGAAAAACGGGGUCCUACUUUUGGCUCCACCAUGAACGUUCUCUACGGAGAUUACACUUGCGGGCAAGGCGAUAUCGAUCCCAUGAACAUCAUCAUCUCCCAUUACCUUCAUUACCUUGACUUACUAGGUGUUGGGCGAGAGGAAGCAGGGCCACACGAGGAGCUAAGCUGUGCCGAGCAGAAAGCAUUCAACCCAACCCCAGCUCCACCUGCUGCCAGUGCUUCCUGAUCUUUGGUUCAGCCAAUUUCAUUGUUAAAAUGCAGUUGUCAAUGAAGGGUAAUUUAAUAAGAGAGCUGGGCAAUUAGGUUGUUGUAAAAUCAUGGUCUAUGUCGGUGUGAGAAAAGGGCCCAUCAAUUUCAUGAUAUUAUAUAUAGUUGUAUACGUUUGAUUUGCUGCUGUUAGGUGGUCUUUAUAAUUUGCUUUUUGUGUGUGUGUAGAUUUUGAUAUAUUUGAUGCUUGUUGUGCUGUCCACGACAUUCAUAUAAAAUUGUAUGUAUUGAACCACCAUUUUUAUUCAAUUUGUCUCCUAAAAUUAUUUGCUAUUA